CUCUAUACCUGAGACUCUGAUAAGUUGAGAUCGGCGCCAUGGCCUCGUCUCCCAGGGAACACGACGUGAUCGACGUGGGUAGCGGCCCCGCGCUCUUUGAAGGCCGCGGACGGCGCGCACUGACACUAGAUGGAGCGGACGAUUUAGGCCCCUAUGACGCGUCGUCCCGCCCUGAAGAAGAAGGCGAUGCCCAAGACGAUGAAGAUGAUGACGCGCAGUCCGCAGAGGGCGAGGAGCAUGCAUACCGUCGAGGGCGCCAAGCCAUCCCGAUGGAGUCUCCUGGUGAUGAACUGCGUACAGAUCACCUAAUGCUGGACGAUGAGGACGGAGAUAUGGCCGGACACAUGGCCGGUAUCGGUGUUCAGCGGCUGAGGAGGCUGCGGGGACAUCGAGGCUUCUUCCACUCAGACACGGAUGGUCGAAGCUUCCGAUACAGAUCCAGUGGUGGAAUUUUACAGAGAAUUACGCUUAGAAGACGCAAGAGCGAGGACCACGACAUGUUCUGGACGGCAAUUGGAGUGCUCACGGUGUUGAGCUUUGCACUCAUGAGUUGUAUUACUAUUUACUUGACACAGACGGACUUCUUCGAGUCCCAUCAGAACGAUUUGUUUGGUACGACCGUGGAUAACAGAUUUACGGUAGUGGCAGAAGAUGACGCAGAGAUUUUCUUAAAGAGCGGGUACUCGAACUCAGUAUACUCGGAAGGCAUGAUCGCUUUUGACGAUGGAGAGCUGAAGAUUGGUCGACGUGCGCUGGAGACGGAGGAUCUGCAGGCGUUUUAUGGAGUAACUUUUUUUUCUAACGGAACGUCGACGUUCACGAACAGACUGGAGUCACCUAUGAUCGAGGCUGAUUAUUUGAGUGCCAGGAAAGGAGUUAUAUUCGAUGACGGGACGGUGAUGACCACGGCUGCCAAUAGCUCUGGCGGUGUGAAAGAGCAGGGUGACUUAAAUCUCGUGUCAAAAACUGGAGCUGUCGUCACGAGUGCUGGAGGCAAGUCACUGCUUUUCGUUGAUCCAGCUGGAACGGUGACCGUGGCUAACAGCGACUCGGAUGAGCCUACAUCGACUGGAAUUACUUUGGAUGGCACGCGUGGGACCAUCAGUAUUGGCAGCGGUUUAACGAUAAAGCACAGCGAGAACGUGUCGAGUUUGUCUUCGUCAGAACCGUUGUACCUUGAUACGAACACAGUAUUCGUUGGUACUUCAUCGAGUGGAACAGUACGAAUCUCGGUGCCUGAUGCUACUGAUAGUGGUAAUGACGGAGACGAUGGUGCACGCGCAUUGGAGUCAACAAGUCAUGGCGACGAAAGCAGGAGCGUGACCCUGGAAGUAGCUGGACAAACGUCUUCGACGCAGAAGGAAGGAGGAGACAUCCGCAUCGUGGGUGGAGACGGUCUGAAUUUUGGCGGUGAUGUGACUUUAGUUGGAGGUCAAGCAACCGAUUCAGAAUCGGAGUAUGGAUCUAUCAAUAUUAACGCUGGGCUACACAAAUCAGCAUCGUCUGUUACGGUGAUCGGCAGCCACGGUUCGACUCACGAGGUAAAAAUUCGCGGUCUUGUGUCAUUCAAUGAAGAGUCUGGCGUAAAUGAUACCAUGGAGGUUAAAGUGGGAGGUGGACGCUUUAAUGUAUCGGCUCAGCGUAUCACGCUUGAUAACCGAGCGACGAGCUUGUCGGAAUUGCACGUUAACUCAAAUGAUAUCCGUCUGGGUGCAUCUUCACCGGCAGUUCAAGUCGGUAAAGCUGGUUUGUCUACGAUUAAAGUACUGGGAGUCACUACAACGCUCGAUGCUACUAAAAGUGUUGCAAUUGGAGAAAGUUCUUCGUCGAUUCUGGUUGGAAGUAGUGAAACAUCGGACCAAGUGACUAAGGUGGCGUCAUCAGCGAUAGAGCUGGACGCUUCCCACUCGGUCGCGAUCAACACUCGCAAUCGUGAAGCCAUCACCACCAUUUCGGGUCUGGUGCAUUUCAACGGCAGCUCCAGUACACAUUCCUUACUGACUGUUACGGAUGCCGCAGUCAGAGCGAACCCGCCAAAGUUUCGCGUGGGUGCUAAAGGCAAGACAAGUAUCGCAUCAAUUGAGGCAAAUCACGUCACUAUUGGUGAACCUGGAGCGAAUGCUACCACACUCCCAUCGACUAAAAGCACGCUUGAACUUUUCAGCUCCAGUAUUACUGUGGGCUCCGAAGGUUGGUGUUUGUCUACGUGGCUAAAUUGACUGGGGUGCUGGCAACUGACCGUCGUGUAUUUUGCACUCUUGUUCUUCUGUACACAGCGUCUGAAGUUUCGUUGACCGGUAAAUCUGUGGUGAUUGAUGCUACGGAGACAUUGUCAGUUGGAGAACAAGCGGAUGAUAUUGCGAUCGGGAGUGAGGACGGGACCAAAAUUAAUGUUCAGGGUGAAGCAGUGUCCGUGGCUGGUGUCACCACUUUCAGCGGCGCAUCUCUCGCUGUGCAUUCGAGCACAAUUGACAUUGGCGGUAAAUCUACGAGUGAUAUCACAAUCGGUGCAUCGGAAGCGAACGUGGAUGUUGGUUCGCAAGCGAAGGUUGUAUCAAUUGGUGUGGCCAGCCCGACUGUUCAUAUCGGCUCCGACGCUAGCACGAUCAACAUCUCUGGUAGUGUCACCAUCAAUGGGAAAGAGUUAAGUAGCCGUCGUCUUGCUGGACAGAGUGGUGUGUGGAGCGAGACCUACAGUAGACGUUUCGGUUAUCUCGACGCUGAUCGUGUUGCUAUACCGAUCACUCAGAUCAGCACCAUUACUAAGUUCGCGCUCCGUUGGGACAGUGGAUUUUCAUCAGCGCCUCAGAUGUAUCAAGUUGAUAUUAGCAAAGGGCGGGUACUUUCAGUUCAGUCCAGUUUGAAGAGUGACAACGAAUUGGAAAGCAAACUCCUACAGAUUUCGCUCCACAUUUCCAGCAUUGUGCUCUUAGUUCGAAGCGAAGCUCUAGCUGCUCGGCCAAGCAAGAUCCGGUACGUUUUGCCGCUUUCUGUUGGCUGUCUUGAGUAAGUCGUGUAGCUUACCGCUGGGUUUGUCAAUGCGUUGAUAGAUGUCGCGUCUUUCGCCACUCAGCAGAACACUCAGAUACAGUUGCCAUGGAAGUGAAUGCUCUAGUCGAGCACUGCGUUGGCAUAUUAUGUGACGAUGGAAUCUUUCUGGGACUGCAAGGACAGCGAAUCGUUCCUUACAAUGCUGGUGACUCUUUUUCCACUCAAUGCUCCCUUGCGUCGACUGCACCAGGUGAGCUGUUGCUUCAUGGCGUCCAGUACUCCUUCACAGAGCUGUAGUUGCAAAGUGUUGAUACAAUAGAGAAGUUAUACUAUCAGCCAAGUAGCCGCAGAAUCUCGAGUG